GCUUGACUGACAAUCAUCUAGUAACUACUGCUUUUCAUGUAUGACUGGCAUCUGCAAUCAGAGUAAUCCCCUUGAAAAUGCUCUACAAUUCUUCUCCAAGUUUUUUUUUUCUCCAAAAGAGAGAGAGUGUACUGCGUACCAUACACACUUACUGUACAUACAACCACUUCAUCGGUUUUGCCUCGUGGAUUUCCUAUCAGCGACUGAGAACCACCACCCCCAUCACUUUACUUUUUUUUUUACCCUCCUUAGUUGGGGAAUUUCUCUUAAACUUCUUCUACACGCAGUGUAGGUGCAUGAAGCAACCACCAAAACAAUUUAAUCAAGGAAUCAAACAAUCAAUCUUGGAUUGGAUUUAACAUCUCUGGGAAAAGACAACAAAAUUGGUGGACCGAGACAAGAUUGGGAGCAAAGAAAGUGUGUGUGCCUGGCGUUCCAAUCCUUCUCGCGGUCUCUGGAAAAUCCCGUCCGCCAGUCUCCGCCCGCCUGUCAGUCGUCGGUCUCCCCUAAGAAAGAGAGAGAGAGAAACAAGCAGCGCGGCGCAACUCCCAUCUCG